ACAAACUUUUAAGUACAAAGUGAUACCAAAGAGGCAAAGACACAUGUCAAUUGGUGAAUUAAUUAUGAAAAUUCGUCCCUGCUUCGUAAAUUCGUCCGUUUACCGGCAACUCCCAGUCACUGUUUCUUUCACGGUAGAACUCUCCCUUUGAGGGAAAAUAUUCCAAUAGAAUUAUACCUUGUACAAUUCCUUUUCGCCGGUUGCCCCACCUCCUUUACUUCUUCCGUAGACUUCCUGAAGUGUUGCGAUCCAGCUUCUAGCUACCCUUUUGACUUACUGAACCUUUGCUUGAUCCCUCAACUGUUUUAGAGUUGUAUAAGUAGUACAGAAAUGGCGUCAACGGAGGGGCUGAUGCCAAUAACGAGAGCUUUUUUGGCUUCUUAUUAUGAUAAGUACCCAUUCCCCUCUCUUUCCCAUGAUGUAUCUCGUCUUACUGAUCAAAUUCAUUCAAUGGCUAAUGAUCUGCACAAGGAUUCUCCCUUAACCCAAGGAGAAAGUUCAUUAGUCCUUGAAGCAGAGAGUCACCCUCCUCACAAAGUUGAUGAGAAUUUGUGGAAGAACCGAGAACAACUUGAAGAAAUACUUUUCCUCUUGGAAAACUCCAAUUGGCCACCAGCGCUUCAAUUGCAGUCAACCUCUGAAGAUGCUGAACUAGUUUCUGUUCUUGGACGGCUAGGAGAAAAAUUCCGAUGUACAUUGAAGAGUUUGGAGACUUUCCAAUCGAAGAAUUCCGAGUUUGUAUUCAACACUGUGAUGACCUACAUGCCACAAGACUUUCGUGGUACACUAAUAAGGCAACAGAGGGAGCGUUCUGAGAGAAAUAAGCAGGCUGAAGUUGAUGCCCUAAUCAAUUCUGGUGGAAGUAUUCGUGAUCGAUAUUCUCUGCUGUGGCAUCAACAAAUGGAACGGAGGCGGCAACUGGCUCAACUGGGUUCUGCUACAGGUGUCUAUAAGACACUGGUGAAGUAUUUAAUUGGAGUGCCACAGGUUCUGUUGGAUUUUGUUCAGAAAAUAAAUGAUGAUGAUGGGCCAAUGGAAGAGCAGCGACAACGUUAUGGUCCACCUUUGUACAGCCUCACGAAAAUGGUGCUCAACAUUCGACUUUUUCUUUCUCUGCUGUGGCGACGCUUUGAAGCUGGAAAACUAUCAAGGAAUCAAAUUACGGUCUUGGAAGAAGCAGUCGAUGUGUACACGUCUGAGUUUCAAAGAUUCAUCAAAUUCAUUCGUGAAGUAUUUGCAAAUUCCCCUUUCUUUAUCACUGCGGAAGAAGCUGGUGCAUUAGAAGCCAGCUUUCUUUUGGUUUCCAAAUGCAGAAAAAGUGACGAGCACAAGGAAGUGAGUGUUCCAGCAGGAAAAACUCAUGAGGUUUCAUUGACAGUCGAUGCCAUAAAUUCAUACAUCGCGUGGGAUUUCUCUUUGGUUCAAGGCAGAGUAGAUAUGGACAUUGGCUUUAGCAUGGAGUAUAUAAAUCCCUCUGGACAGAGGACGCAAAUCUUACCUUAUCGACGAUAUGGAGCUAACCAAGGGAACUUCUGUACGUGCCUAUCUGGAAAUUACAAGCUCAUAUGGGAUAAUUCUUAUUCUACAUUUUUCAAGAAGGGUCAUUAUUUUGCUUUGAUUGGCAACAGGUCUUGCGAUUCAAGGUGGACUGUAUACCUCCAGUCGUAGAACCAGGGCUUUCAUCUGAUCAAGUAGAUGAAUGAAUGUAUUCGUUCAGAUUUGUUACUGCUGAUAAUUCUUUGUGAAGACAUCUUGUCUCAUUUGUUUGUAAACACGGCAGAUUUUUGUUUGCACUGUAAAAAUCCAUCCUAUGCCGCGUAAUCCCGAUCUCGUGCUGUAACUACCUGGUAUUGGUUAAUACCCGAUCUUGAUGAAGUUUCAGCAUUAUUGACUUUCA